AUGUUAAAAGGAAGUGACUAUUCCUCAGCAGUAGGCUCCUCUAUUACUGAGUCUCGUAUGCCGAACAUGUCUGCGGAGAAUUCUACGGUAGAACCCACUCCUGUACCUGAACCCACUCCUACAACAGAGACAAAGAAAGCUGAAUCUAAGAGAAUUACUGAUGAUGACCUAUACAGACACUCAUCGCAAUAUAGAUUAUGGUCAUUUACAAAGGAACAGUUAGAGAGCAGAAGGCGAGCUUUGAAUGCCAAAGUCGUAGAUAAGGUAAAUGAAAAACUACAAGAUAUCAUUUCGAAACACAAUGACUUAUCUCAGGAAGAGUUGAAUGCUAUAAAUGAAAAGGCGGUGCCAGUAACAAUGGAGGAGGAACUGAAGUUUGUCAAUUUUUUUGCCAAAAAAGUACAAUCCUUUUGCCAUUCACUAAAUUUACCAACGGAGGUAUGUGCUACCGCGAUAUCCUUCUUUAGAAGAUUUUUCCUUGUAAAUUCAACUAUGGAAAUACAUCCGAAACAUAUUCUUUUAGCCAGCAUAUUUUUGGCAUGCAAAUCAGAGAACUAUUUUAUAGGUAUUGAAGCCUUUGCCAAAAAAACUAAGUCUCAACCCACAACUAUUCUUAAGUACGAGUUCGAUGUGCUAGAAUCGUUACAGUUUACUUUGUUAAAUCACCAUCCAUACAGGCCGUUGCAUGGGUUUUUCUUGGAUAUCCAGUACAUUUUACAUGGAAAAGUCGAUUUAAAUUAUAUGGGCCAGAUCUACACAAAUUGCAAGAGAAGAAUAACCGAAACUCUUCUCACAGAUGUAGUAUAUCAUUACACCCCACCGCAAAUUACACUUGCAUGCUUGUUGAUAGAUGAUGAAGCGUUAACGCUAAAAUACUUGGAAGUGAAGUUUGGGAGCCCUCCUGAGGAGCAAAAGGACUCGGAAACGGAAGGCUUGAAAACGGAAGAAACACCAUCAGAUACCAAAUUACCAUCUAAUUUAAAAUUGCAAACUUUAACAGCGCUAAUACGAGAGUGUCAGGCGAUGAUUUUGAACGUUGAAACACUUUCCAAAGAAGAGGCAACUAAAAUUGACGCAAAAUUGCAUUACUGCCAAAAUCCAAUGCUGCUGGUAGAUAGGAUGCGCAGACAAAAGCAACAACGUGAUAGCUCCGCUGAGCUUACAACGGAACCGGAUUCUAAAAAGUUGAAAGUGUAG